UUAAUUUGAUUAACGGGCUAUGGAUAAGCAAAAAUAAUGACAAUACUUUGAAUAAUAAUACUAAACAAAUGUUGGGUAGUAAGAAAAUUUAUUUUGUUAAAACACCAACAAAUAUCACAAUACAAGAACAUGCGAAACAUAUUCGUUUUGACUGUCAGAUAAAUGAAAGGGUUAAUAUUUUAUCAUACAAAUGGUUAAAAAAUAAAGUAAAUAUAAAUUUACAACCAGAUAUUCAACAUCGUUAUCAAAUUUUACAAAAUGGUAGUUUAUAUCUUACACAAAUUAAUCGUAAUGAUACUGGGAUCUAUACAUGUCAAGUAGCUUUCAAAUAUUCAAACAGUCAACAUAAUUACAUGAAACCUUUGGUAACUGAACAGAAUGACAAUAAUCAAAGACAAAUUGAUUUCAUAUCUGAAUAUUUACGCAAUCGUGAACAUGGAUAUAAUGAAGAACAUGAAAAAGUGAAACAGAAUUUAGAAGCAUCUGCCUGGUUAAAUGUUCAAUACAUUCCAAAUAUUCAACUUAACAACUCUAUAAAUCCAAUAUAUUUGGGUAGAAAUGGUCCAGGACGUAUUCCAUGUAUUGUUGAUGCAACACCUUCUAUUGAUUUAAUUGAAUGGCGUAAAUUAAUAAAUUCAUCAAUAAAAGCAUAUUCUAAUGUAAUAAUUAAUAAUUUUCAACAAAAUUCUAAAACUAUGGGUACAAUUUUACCAGUUGAACAACUUUUAAGAGAUGAAAAUACUAGUUCAUCUUUCACUAUUUAUUGGUAUGAAUGGGAUAAUGUAAAAGAAAAUGAUGGUGGAUUUUAUCAAUGUCGAGCUCGUAAUACAAUUGGAUGGAGUUCAUGGUCUCCAAAACUACAAGUAAUUGUAAACGAACUACCUCGAUUUAUAAGGAAGCCAAAAUCAGUUGAGUUCGUAAAGAGUAAUAUGCCGUUAAUAUUACCAUGUGAAGCCUACGGACAACCUAAACCAAUAAUUCAAUGGUUUUAUAGUAAAUUAAACCAACUAGGGAGUAAUUCAUCAAAAUCUGUUAUGAUCACGAGUCUAAACAAGCAGACACAGAAGAUGGGAACGGAGAAUAUUGUAGAAGACCAAGAAUAUGGUGAUUGUGAUAGAGAAGAUAUUACUGAACAAGUUGAAAACUGUAUAUUCAAUACUACUGAUCAUGGUAUCCAGUAUCCAUUUCAAAAAGACCGGACAAUUAAUGAAAGAUCUAUCUUAAGUAUCGAUUUGCCAGGUGGUGUGAACAAAAUGCCAGAUGGAAGUCUUCUUAUAUACACUUGUAAUGCGUCAAAAGUAACUGGACAGUAUUUUUGUAUUGCUAAAAAUUCUAUUGGUCAUAUUAUAACAUCAGUGGAAUUAAAGCAAGAUCUAAAAAUGCAGCUAUAUGAUAGAUUUUUUAAUAACAUUAUGUUGCAUGUCAAACCUUUAAUAUACUCUGCAAUAUUAUCUUGGAAUAAAAUGAAACAACCCGCUACGUUGCAUUCGGGUACUACUUUUGACACCAUCGGCAAACAAUGUUAUUACGUAACAUAUCAUUCACCGGUUCGGUCAGGUGAUGAAUGGAUCACAACUGUUGUACAACCAGAAUACACUAGUCGAAUAAGGUUAAAUGGACUUAUUCCAGAUGAACUAUAUGCAUUCCGAAUAAGUCAUUGGUGUACAUCAUCGAACUAUAAUCACUCGAGUAGUUCUACAGUACUAAUUAGAACUGGAUUACCAUUAGAUCAAAAUACUGGAUUAAUUUUAACGAAUAACAAUACCCAUUAUUUAGAGUUUGAACACGGUAAUAAAAUACAUUAUCUCUAUUUGAAAUGUUUCUAAGAGAUAAUUUUUGUUAUCAUCUUCCUGUAUUUUGUAUUUAUUUUUACAAUGAAAUUCAUGAUAUCUUAGUAAUGGUUGUUAAAUUUGGCGAUUAAUUUCAUCAUUAAUGACACAGUACACAUUAAUUUUGAAUGAUCGAUAGAAAUUCUUUUAAAUCUCCAAUACUUUCAAGUUAAUAUUUAUAAUUGUAUUUUUGUUGGUAAAUUCAUUCAACCCUAAACUUUCUUUUCCUUAAAAUUCAUUCACAAAAACUACCACAGUUGUACUAUAAAGUAAUUUCAACAAAAGGAAAAGAAACUACUAAUAUCUUCCAACUUAUUU